AUGGAGACAGUGGUGAGUACUGAGGCCCUUCUCUCCGUUUACAUCCUGUCCUUCCUCUUUGGCCUGCCGGCCAACCUCCUGGCUCUCUACACCUUCAGUAGAAAGAUCCACUCCAAGCCUCUUCCUACAGACAUCCUGCUCCUCAAUCUGACCGUCUCUGACCUGCUCUUCUUGAUCAUCCUUCCCUUCAAGAUGCAUGAGGCAGCAUCUAACAUGGAAUGGACUCUGCCCGGCCUCUUAUGCUCCAUCAUCUCCUUCACCUUCUUCUCCACUAUCUACACCAGCUCUCUGCUGCUGAUGGCGGUCAGUGUGGUCCGCUACAUCGCUGUAGCUUACCCUAUCGCCUAUCGUCAGCUGCUCAAACCUGUGUAUGGGUUAGCAAUCUGUGCUGUUAUUUGGCUCAUCUCAACUGCUCACUGCAGCAUUACUAUCAUUAUCCGCUUCCACCCAGAUCUGUACAAUAAAAACUCCACGGCCUGCUAUGAGGACUUCACAGAGAAGCAGCUGGGGGUCCUCAUCCCUGUGCGUUUGGAAAUCUUCUUUGUGCUCUUCCUGAUACCUCUUCUAAUUUGUGUGUUCUGCUACCUGAGGUGCAUCCUGAUCCUCUACAACCGCCCCAGGAUAUCUGCAGCCAAGAAGCAGAAGGCCAUCGGCAUGGCCCUGGGAACUCUAGCUGUGUUCCUCAUUUGUGCGAUGCCGUACAACAUGACACAUUUGGUGGGUUACUUUCAAGAUGCGAGCCUGAAAUGGAGGCACUACACUUUGCUCCUCAGCACCUUCAACACCUGCAUAGACCCCAUCAUCUUCUUCUUUUCCUCCUCUGCUUUCCGCUGCACGGGUGCAAAGUCCAUUUUCAGGAAGAAUGUUUCAGGUUCCCAAGGAGAGGCCACAAACUCAAGCUAA